CACAUGGUCUGUAGGAAGCUGGGGCAUUACACUACAGCACAUCAUUGGUAUGUGGCAGACGCUCUUAUUCGGAGCCAUGCACAGCAAAGUGCACACCCAAAGUGGGCUGAAAGACCCUACAGGGAAGUACAAUUUCAAGGGCUAACAAUACAUUCCCCUGCAGACAACCGCAGCCUCUCACACCACGAGUACAGAUCCCAGCAUACAGAGCCACCCACAGGUCCACUGCUCCAGUGGUGCGCUUCCAGGGAGAAGACGAACGAACAAAUUAUCCCACACUUCGAUAUUACGGACCUAGAGACAAUGCAGGAUGCACAACAGCAAGAGCAGAAUUUCAUCAGGGCUGUUAUCCCACAGCUCAAAAAUGGAAUUGAGCAUUUCAAAACCGUUGCAACCAUUCUGCUGGCCUAUGAUGAGUCAAAGACACUAGCGCUGCAGCACGCUAUUGUUCAGGCCAAACGGAGCCUAGAAUGGGCUGAAUCUGCUGCGUCCAGUCAGCUGUCGCAGGUGGAUGCACUCACAGAGAGUCUGACCGCCAGGAAAGGAGAGCUGGACCGUGAGCAGAUAAAUAAAGUGAAAGAACUGGAAAACUUGGAAACAGAAAGCCAAUGCAUAGCUGACUGCAUGGAGACGUUCAGAAAGUCUCUAGAUGAUGCUCGGAGAGCCCGGGAUUCUGCUCAGGGAACUCUCAGACACCUUGAGAAUAAACGGAAGGAAUCUCAGGCUGUGCGGGAUGCUGGAAUCGGAAUAAUGUUCAUCCCCAUCAUCGGAACCAUCAUUGGUGCCGUCAUGGUUGGCAUCUCUCAGCAGGAACUGGAUGAUGCGCAGUCGUCCCUGAAGACAGCAGAGCAAGAGUUACAGAAGAGUGAGGCCUCAGUUCAGAAUUAUGACAGAAUGUUAGAGGAAAAAAAGAGGCAAAGGACGCAAAAGAAGGAUGAGAUUGCACAGUGCAGCAGCACCAUAGAGCAGAUUAAGCAGAGCCUAGCGCAGGUUUAUACACAGCGCACCAACAUCGCCCGAGCGCAGGAGAAACUCAGGAACGCCGUCAACAUGUUAAGCACCCUGGCUGGUAGAGCGAGCGUCGCUACGACCCUCACUCAGCAAGUCAUCUGCCUGCCCCCUGUGGUGAACAUACUGGGAGAGAUCAUUGAACUCAUGCUUCAAAUGCAGGGAGAUAGAAGAUAUGAGCUCCUCAGUGAUCCACAAGUCAAAGCUGCCAUCCUUAGCCUGCAGGAACUCCACCAGAAAGUUUCAGCCAUCGAUGACGAGCAGACAUUAAAUGAAAUUCAGUUUUAUUGAUGGAGAUGCAGACCCAUGACACAUUCCCCAGGGUACACAUUGUGAGCUCCAGAUUUAUCACAUGCAGUGGGGUCUAAAAGUCUGAGACCACCAGUGAAAAUGCUUCUAUUUUGCAUUAUUUUCUAAUUUAAUACAAACAUUUUCCUUACAACUUAUAUUACCAGCAUAACAAUUGGAGUGAAAAGUUGAAGCUUUGAAAAAUGUACAUGAAUGUACAUGAUUUAGUGAUCACUUAUUUUCUGAAAACCAGUUUUGUGCCAAAAUUGCUUUUUAUUAUUUUUUAAUUUCAUUUUAUUUUAUUAUUUUCCCAGGAUAUAUUGCAGCUCU